GCGGAAUAAAGGAUUUCGUGGCUGGUUUCGCUUCUCCCGUUCGAGCCUCUUUGUUUUUCGCCGCUUCGGUCGAACAGGUGAGCAGCAGCGCCCCCCUGUGAGACGACCGGGACCAGCUUCGAGGAUAGGGAGCCAAGGAAGUAGCCGAGCGGAUAGCCUCCAUUGCGACGUGGGUCCCCACAGCUCAGCCGUCCGAUGCGGGGUGAGGAUGAGUCCCGCUCUAGAAGCUCUGAUGCAGGUGGACGGGACUCCUUACUCAGGGAAAGGGGUGAUGCUUGAGCCCUUCGUGCACCAGGUGGGGGGCCACUCCUGCGUGCUGCGAUUCGGAGAACAAACUAUAUGCAAACCCCUCAUCCCACGAGAGCACCAGUUCUACAAGAACCUGCCUCCAGAUAUGAGGAAAUUCACCCCUCAGUAUAAAGGAGUCGUGUCCGUCAGUUUUGAAGAAGAUGAAGAAGGGAACUUGUGCCUCAUCGCCUACCCCCUUCACAGUGAUUCUGUGGACUUGGAAAACAAAGACCCCUCGGCAGACUGCGAACCCAAAAGCAAGAUGCUGAAGUGGAGCAACAAGAAGCAGUCCUCUUUGCUUCUUGAGAAUGACAAAUAUAGCAAAGACCGAGCUCGCAACAGCCGAAAGGAAGACAAGCUUGUGAGUUAUAAUCGUGAUGAGGUGCAGCAGCAGGCUGAGGUUCUGUACUUCAGCUUGGAGAAAGGCAACGUGGUGCCACAGAUCAAACACAACCCCUGGAGUCUGAAAUGUCAUCAGCAGCACUUGCAGAGGAUGAAGGAGAAUGCAAAGCAUCGUAACCAAUACAAAUUUAUUCUUUUGGAAAACCUGACGUGGUGCUACAGAGUGCCGUGUGUGUUAGACUUAAAGAUGGGAACUCGUCAGCAUGGUGAUGAUGCUUCAGAGGAGAAGAAAGCCAACCAGAUUCGCAAGUGUCAGCAGAGCACAUCGGCUUCUAUUGGAGUGCGACUUUGUGGCAUGCAGGUGUACCAGCCAGACUCUGGACAGCUCAUGUUUAUGAACAAGUACCAUGGGCGUAAGCUAACCCUUGCAGGCUUCAAGGAGGCUCUUUACCAGUUCUUUCACGACGGCCGUCGCCUGCGUCACGAGUUGCUGUCUCCGGUGCUGCGCAGGCUCCGGGAGAUGCAAGCUGCCCUGGAGGCCUGCGAGUCUUACCGCUUCUAUUCCAGCUCACUGCUCAUCCUCUACGAUGGCGACCCUCCCAGGACUCCCACCAGGCCUAGGCAUAAAGGUGGAGAAGAAGGUGAUGAAGAUGAGCCUUCUGAUGAAGAGGAGGAGGACGAAGGAGCCUUUGGUUUCUCUCAUUCUUCUACAAGUGCCACCGCCGGUGUGGCCGUAGGGAGCAGUAAAAGCGGCAACGGUCGUCCGUCCCACGGCACCGGAGAGGCCAGCAGCCCUGAGGUGGACGUGCGCAUGAUUGACUUUGCUCACACCACCUGUCGGCACUACGGGGAAGACAGCGUGGUGCACGAAGGCCAGGACAGCGGCUUCAUCUUCGGCCUCCAGAACUUGAUCACUAUCAUCUCGGAGCUGGAGGAUCGUGGCACUGACUGAGGCUGCGCUGGAGCCAGUUUGGUCUAAAUUUCACGCGUGGGCGUAGCUCAGUGAGUUCAAACCCUGCCAUAACCCCCCUGGUGUUAUAUACCUACAUGGGGGUCUGCUUGGUGGAAACCCCAGACACCUCCUUGUUAGGGGAUGGGGGGAGUCUGCGUGGUCGAUCCUGCACUCUCGCUUACCUGCCGAAGGAUAGGGCUGCCGGUGCCCUCCCUUGCACUUUUCUCUUUUUGAGACUUUGUUUUUGUUUUACUUGGAAGGAGCAGUGUUGCAUGAGACAAAUGUCUUCAACCGAGCACAGGGCCUCCUGUAACGUAGGACUCUCCUCCUUUGGUAAAAGCAUCUGUAUUAAGUUCUCUCUGAGAGAGAAAGUGAGACUGAAAAAUGUUAAGCUGUACUUUGUUAGGAGACUUUUGUGGUGCUUUACCUGCGAUAAGACAUUUUUUUAACGAACUUGAGAUUUUCUGUCCCCAUCAGCACGGAGCAGUUUUUGGGGAAGUUUGACUAGUUACCUGAACAAGCUGACCGUGGCUGGCUGGGUCAGCAGCCUCGUAGCAAGUGACAAAUUAGUCGUCUGAAAAUAACGGGGUUUUUUUGUAUUGACCCUCGUUUGUGUGUCCACCAGGCACUUGGAUUUAUACUUUUUGGUGGAAUAUUAUUUAGGUCUAGAAGAAGGGAUUUGACGUUUUUCCAUCUUAUUUUUUUCCUCUUGGCCUUUUUUUUACCUAAAACAAAUUUUGGAAAGGAGAAUGCUUUUUGGGGAUUUAUUAUUUUUAUUGUCUCAUCUGAGCUUCAUCAUUCCUGACUUUUUAAAAAGGAUACGUGACGAAAACACUAGCUACAAAGACUAUUUAUUAAAACGAAUUGUGUUUUAAAAUGGAAAGGAGCACAUUCCAUAUUACCACUUUUAUGUUUUGUCCUUCUGAUGCUAUUCUUUUUUUUUGGGUUUACUUUUAUUUUUG